CAACCAACAGCACCCACCGGCACAUCAUGGCUGCGCUCACCACCCCACAGCCCCGCCUGUGCCACGCCGCCCCGACACUUCUGCUCCUGCUCACCGCUCUCACCGCCGCCCUCGCCUGCCAACACCUCUGGACCCAGCACGACACCUUCCCCUGGGAACAACUCCAGCUCCUCAACGACAUGGCUCCCAACUCAACAAACACCUGUCAACUCCACAACCCGCCCUUCUUCCCCGACACCCUCCGCCACAACAACCUCAACCCGCACCAAGCCGCCGACGCCGCCCUACGCAUCCUCCAACACCUCUUCCACACCCUCAGCGACAACAGCACCUCCCAGCACUGGCACGCCCAGCCACGACACCGCCUCCUCAACCAACUCCAGCACCACAUCCACCGCCUCGAGCAAUGCCGCCCCGACAACGCACGCCUCUUCAAAGGACCCCGCAACCCCCUCACCACCAUCAACAAGUACUUCAAGGACAUCCACCUCUUCCUCCACGCCCACAACCACAGCGCCUGCGCCUGGGACCACGUCCGCCUCGAAGCUCAAGACUCUUUCCGACACCUCCACAACCUCACGCGCACCAUGCGCCGACACCCCAAACACACACACACGCCCACAACACCCCUCUGACACCC